UCAUGGACAUUUAUACAUUGUAUUGAGCAGUUUUUCAUUUCCAGCCAUGAAUGCUCACAAUCGGUUCAGAUGCUUUAUUUUUUUAUUUCUGCUCAACAUACAUAUCUCCUGUGCAGUGAAGUUUUCCAUAAUUGGUCCAUCUGAGCCUAUUAUCACUUAUGUGGGUGAAGAUGUGAUCCUGCCUGCCUCCCUCUCACCAGCACUCAACGCGGAGGAGUUUCAAGUGAGAUGGUUUACGACCGAUUUUAGAUCACCAGUAAUUUUAUUUGAAAACUACCAAUAUUUAAAGCAGAUUGAAAGAACAAAAAUGCUCUUCAAAGGGGAGAUGAAGUAUGGCAAUGUAUCAUUAAAAAUACAAAAUGUCCGUGUUUCUGACAAUAGCGUCUACAGCUGCUACGUUGAUUCUGGAAGGAUUGAUGAUGAGGUGCAGAUUACAUUGGUUGUAGAAGUUUUAGGUAGUCAGCCCUCCAUUUCAAUCAGAUCUUCUGAUGACCAGCAGACCAGACUGGAAUGUACAGCUGAGAAGUGGAAUCCACAACCAGAAAUUGUUUGGAGGGACAUGAAUGGAGUAGAUGUAACAACACUGUCCACAGCAACAUCACAGCAAGCCAUUGAAGGACUUCUGACAGUGAGCAGUGUCAUCCCGGUGAAGGAUGUGCUCACGGUGUUUACGUGUUUGAUGAAAAGUAAAGCAGCAAAACCAGACUGGCCAUCUGGACUUAGCAUCUACAGUGAGUGCAAAGAUGGUGUGGAAUUAUUCUCCCUGACACUGGGUGUAACAUUAGGACCAACAUCAUUUAAAAAAUGAUUGUCAAAUCAUUUGUAUUUUUAUUCUCUACAGUUCCUUUCCUGUUAUGUCUAUCACAAGUAGGGCGAGUACACACCCAGUCUGCAACAAGAAGUCCUUACAAGGGUUUUACU